CACAAGUCUACAGCUCGUAUCCGGCCGGAUUCCCAAAUCCCAAGCCUUUCAGGUGGACGGACCAACGACCAUGGAGAUCACACACAUCGCCGUGCUCUUCUUCCUCUUCGCCACCGUCAUCCUCUAUGCCCGGCGCCGCCGAGCUUCCCCGUCGGCUUACUGUCCGCACCCCCACCCCGUCCUGGGCAACACCGUGGAGUUCAUCCGAAACCGCGGGAGAUUCUUCGACUGGUACACCGACAUGCUGCGCGCGGCGCCGUCCAACACCAUCGAGGCGUGGGGGCCCUUCGGCGCCAGCCACGCCGUCACCACCGCCGACCCGGCCGCCGUCGACCACCUGCUGCGCGCCAGCUUCGCCAACUACAACAGGGGCGCGCAGUCCGACCUCAUCGGCGACGGCAUCUUCGGCCGCUUCACCGAGGACGUUCUCGCCGUCCACCUCGGCCGCCGCCUCCUGCCGUUCCUCGACGCCGCCGCGGUGUCGGGCGAGGCCGUCGACCUGCAGGAGGCGCUGCGCCGGUUCGCGUUCGACAACAUCUGUCACGUCGCCUUCGGCGUCGAGAGCUCAACGUUCCUCGAGUGGGCUGACCCCCAGCACCAGACGCUCUUCGCGGCGUUCGACACGGCCGUCAAGAUCUCAUUCAUGCGAACGCUGACGCCGUCCACGCCGGUGCGGAAGCUCACCAAGCUUCUCAACGUCGGCAAGUCGCGCCGGCUGCGAGAAGCCAUCGGCGUCAUAGACAACCACGCCAUGUCCGUCAUCGAAGCCAAGGAGGCGAGCCAAAGAAACAACAACCAAGCCGAGGGCGACCCGGACCUGCUCUCGCGGUUCAUGGCGGCCAUGGACGAGGAGGACGGCGGCGGCGAGCUCGCCGCCAUGUUCCCCACUCCGGAGGCCAAGCGCCGGCUCCUGCGGGACGUGGUCGUCAGCUUCGUGCUUGCCGGCAAGGACUCCACGACCUCGGCCCUCACGUGGUUCUUCUGGCUCCUCGCCGCGAACCCACGGUGCGAGCGGCGCGUCCACGACGAGGUGUCCCGGUCGCCGGACGACGACGUGAAGGGCAUGCGCUACCUGCACGCCGCGCUCAGCGAGGCGAUGCGCCUGUACCCGCCGGUGCCCUUCAACGGGCGGGUGGCUGUCGCCGACGACGUCCUCCCGGACGGCACCAAGGUGCGCGCCGGCUGGUUCGCCAACUACUCGGCGUACGCCAUGGGCCGGAUGGAGAAGCUGUGGGGAGAGAAUUUCCUAGAAUUCGUGCCUGAGCGCUGGCUCGGCGACGACGGCGAGUUCGUGGCGGUGGACGCGGCGCAGUACCCGGUCUUCCACGCCGGCCCGCGGGCGUGCCCCGGAAAGGAGAUGGCCUACCUGCAGAUGAAGACGGUGGCGGCAGCUGUUCUCCGGAGGUUCACACUGAACGUGCAAGCACCGACGGCCAGCAUGGAGUCGCCGCCGGCGUACGAGAUGACCGGGGGAAUGAAGAUUCUAGGCGGGCUACACGUAUACCUCAAGAUACGGGACUGAGAGUGAUCAACGGUGCUAAGUCAGCAACUGGACAAGAAGUGGACUAAUCGUUGUAUCCCCGCGCGCGCACCAAAUGCGACUA